AUGGUGUGCAGCGCAUGGCUUAUGAGGCAGCCGGCCUUUGUCAGUGGCUCUUUCCGGCUUCUCCGUUGCAGUGCUUUGGGCGUCAGGUAUGCUUCGGUCGGGUGGCAGGUGAGCUCUCAUGGACGCGUUUCGAGUAGCACGGGCAGAAUUCAUUAUGGGAGCCCUCACUGCUCCGGGUACCGCAAAGUGAUGAUUGGGAACCAAGCCUACAAAGUGCAUCGGCUGGUGGCUGCAACGUUCUUGGGUCCGCCGCCAGAUCCGAGCUGCUGGCAGGUGAACCACGUGGACGGCAACAGCGACAACAACCGUCUAACUAAUCUGCAGUAUGUGACGCCCGCCGAGAAUCAAAGGCAUUCGUGGGCAACCAACUUGAAGCGGCAGACGAACGCAGCCAAGGUGGGUAAGGCCAUCCUUUGGCGGCCGUGUGGUGAGGAGGCUUGGUCAUUCUGCCCGUCGCAGCGAGAAGCUGAAAGACUGUUGGGUGUUUGGCAGGGCUCUAUCUCAAGCUGCAUCCGCGGUUUGGCCAGGAAGUCCUGCGGAGAUGGAGUUUGGUACGAAUUCAAAGCAGCCCCGGUAGAUGAGCAAUGCCCGUUCCCGGACGAAAUCUGGCGCCCUGCGCGAUAUCCUGCAGAGAUUGCAGAGCCUGCCAUCAUCCCAAACCUUCUGGUCAGCAACUACGGCCGGGUUUCGCAAGCCAAAUCCGGUUUUGGACUCGUGAGCUAUGGGACUCGCCUCAGAAGCGCUGCGAAUAUCCAGGUCAACCACAAGGAUCUCAAUCGAGGCAACAACCGGCUCGAAAACUUGGAAUAUGCCACUGCUGCACAGAAUUCGCAGCACUUUUGGCAAAUGAGGUCAGGGGAUGCACACAAGUCAAGUGGAAAAGCAGUGCAAGCUUACUCGAUUGCCGACUCGUCGCAAUGUCCUUGGCUGGGCUUUGACUCAAUCGCCGCUGCAGCACGACAUACGGGUGUCGCUUGGGGCAAGAUCGUCCGCGUCUGCACGGGACUUGGCACCGAUGCCUCGUGUUCUUUCAGAUUUGCUGCAGAAGAGCAGAUCCCCGGUGAGGAGUGGCGGCCCGCGGUACUCGAAGGGGCACGGAGGUCGCCCCUCCAGGUGUUCUAA